GCAGGGCUUCCAGGGCUCAGGAUCCGCGAAAGGCGAGCCAUGGCGUUGGGGCUGCAGCGCAUGAGGUCUAGCACGGAGCUGCGGAAGGAGAAGUCGCGGGAUGCUGCGCGCAGCCGGCGCAGCCAGGAGACGGAGGUGCUGUACCAGCUGGCGCACACGCUGCCCUUCGCGCGCGGCGUCAGCGCGCAUCUGGACAAGGCCUCCAUCAUGCGCCUCACCAUCAGCUACCUGCGCAUGCACCGCCUCUGCGCUGCAGGGGAGUGGAACCAGGUGGGAACAGGGGGAGAGCCACUGGACGCCUGCUACCUGAAGGCCCUCGAGGGGUUCGUCAUGGUGCUCACCGCCGAGGGAGACAUGGUUUACCUGUCGGAAAAUGUCAGCAAGCACCUGGGCCUCAGUCAGGUGAGCUGCCUUCUCUGUAUCUGCUCCUCCCCUACUGGUGAUGCUGGGGGGACAGUUCCCCAAAACCUGAGUUCUUCCUUUAUGAAGUUCACAGAGUGGCAGAGGGAAGAGAGGAAAGUCACCAGACAGGAUGGUCAAAGCUUACUAGGCUCAUUUCCUAAACUGAAACAAGUAACGGACUCUUUGACUGCCCAGGAGGGUACCUCUCCAUUUUACUACAGGAUCGCAGAAGUCGCUGGCUACAGCCCUGAUGACCUGAUUGGCUGUUCUGCCUACGAAUACAUCCAUGCACUGGACUCUGAUGCAGUCAGCAGGAGCAUCCAUACUUUGCUGAGCAAGGGCCAGGCAGUAACGGGACAGUAUCGCUUUCUGGCCCGGACUGGAGGCUACCUGUGGACUCAGACUCAGGCUACAGUGGUGUCAGGGGGACGGGGCCCCCAGUCAGAAAGUAUCAUCUGUGUCCACUUCCUGAUCAGCCGGGUAGAAGAGACGGGAGUGGUGCUGUCCCUGGAACAAACGGAGCAACACACUCGCAGACCCCCUCAGCGGGGUACCUCCUCACAGAAGGGUGUCCCUGGCAACAGUCUAGACGCACCUGCUCCCCGGAUUCUGGCCUUCCUGCACCCUCCGGCCCUGAGUGAGGCCUCCCUGGCUGCUGACCCUCGCCGUUUCUGUAGCCCAGAUCUGCGCCGCCUUAUGGCACCCAUUCUGGAUGGGCAUCCCAUAGCCGCCACCCCCAGCACCCCACAGGCUACGCGUCGACCCCAAAGUCCUCUUCCGGCUGAUCUCCCAGAUCAGUUGCUUGGGGGCUUAGAGAAUGCAUACAGACUCUCUACUGCCAGGAAAAACAAGACUGUGGAGAAAGAUCUAGAUAAAGCUCAGGACCCUGACACUCUGGACUUGGAGAUGCUGGCUCCCUACAUCUCCAUGGAUGAUGACUUCCAGCUCAACUCCAGUGAGCAAUUGCCCAGGACCCACCGCAGACCUCCUGGGAUGGCCCGCAGACCCCGUGCUCGGAGCUUCCAUGGCCUGUCGCCCCCCAUCCCUGAGCCCUCCUUGCUGCCCCGCUGGGGGAGCGAUCCACGACUGAACUGCUCCAGCCCCUCCAGGGGGGAUCCCCCUACAGCCUCCCCAAUGCCUGGAACUCGGAAGAGGGCCCUGGCUCAGAGCUCAGAGGACAAAGGGAUGGAGCAGCUGGAAACAAAGCCUGCCAAGCGGUCCCCCAGCCUGGAACCUGGAAGCUUCCGAUUGCCUCCCCUCAGCCUGAGUUUUCUUCUGCAAGGUCGACAAUUCCCGGGGAACCAGCAGGAUCCAAGAACCCCACUCCUGGAUUCCCAUGAGGCCUUAGGACUAGCUCCCUCGCUGCUCUCUCUCUACCAGCAUGAGGAAACUACCCAGCCCAGGAACCACGUCCCACCAGCGGCAGGCUUGGCCCAGGCCCACUGAGUCAGCUUUCUUCCCAGAUCCCUUCUUCUACCCCAGAGAGGACUAAGCCACACUCCACACCAGCAGCUCACAUCCAGGAUGGGGCCUCUCUCCUCUGAGUGCCCCCCAACACCCCCGGCCAGCCUCAGUCCUACCUCAGACCCCCCAACCCUCUGCCUUCACCCAUUCAGGGGCUUCUUGGAUUAUUUGCAGCUCAGUGACCUCUGGGAGGGGGUGCGUGACCCCCUCCACCUCCUCUCAGGACUUCUCUUGGGAUUCUCCAUAGUUGGUUACCUCACUAUCCCUUUCUCUGACUCUGCUUUAUUUGGGAGAAUAAGGGUUGGAAGAAUCAGGGAUUUGCCUCUGAUCCUGGCCCCAUGGAGUUUGGACAACCAUAAUCACAUUUUUUGUUUUUUGUGUUUGCUUUUGUUUUCCUUCUAUCCACUUUACUUUAUCCUUUUCACAAUAACUCAUUCGGGCACUCUGCAUUGUACAGGGUUCGCAGCAAUGUAGGACUGCGAUGUCCCCCUCCUCAGUGGGUGGUAAAGGUGGGUAGACUCAGGGUCAGACCUCACCCCCAGCGACUUGUGGAGUCUCAGCCUCCCAAGCUGCCACCCAAUCUGCCUGCUAUUUCUGCUCCUGACUUCCUACCCUAAAUAAUGUCUUCAUUUGUGAUCUUCCUGUUUUCGGUAUAUCCAGCAACUUCCUCUACUCAGCAGACGCAUAAUCUCUGACCUUUCCUGGAUCUAGAAUACUUGACUCCUACCUUCACUGUUUGUAGACUGUACAACCUCUAGCCUUCCCAGGUCUUAGGCUGUAGCACUUUCCAUCUUCCCCGGUUCUAGACAACAAGACCCAGGGCCUUCCUUGUAUCUAGACCAUGCAGCCCCUGGUCUUUCUUGGUUCUAGAUUGUAUGCCCUUGGGCCUUCCCUGGUUCUAGAGGCUUGUGGACUCUCUGGUUCUAGAGUUUCUACUUCCUUCUAAAAUGCACAAUCCAUGGACUCCAUAUCCCUCAUCCUUUCCCGUUUCUAGACUGUGAGGCCUAUGGCCUUCCUUGAAUCUAAACUGUGCCACCAUUGGUCUCCUCUGGAUCUAGGCUUAUGGCCUUUGGCCUUCCUUGUUAUAGACACUGUGGCCUCUGGCCUCCAUGGUUCUAAACUGUGUUAAUCCUGUCUUCUUCAGUUCUAGACUAUGCAACCUCUAGCCUUCUCUAUUCCUAGUCUGUACGUUCUCUGGUCUUUAACUGAUUCUCAACUGCACACCUUAUGACCCCGCUGUGGUUCUACACUGUGCCACUUUUCUGACCUUUUCUCUGGUUCUAGAGUAUAGGCCCUCCAAUCUUCUGUGGUUCUAGAGCUGUGGUUCUCAGUCUUCCUAAUGCUACAGCCCUUUAAUACAGUUACUCACAUUGUGGUGACCCCAACCAUGAAAUUAUUUUUGUUGCUACUUCAUAGCUAUAAUUUUGCUACUGUUAUGAUCAUGUAAAUAUCUGCUAUACAGAAUAUCUGAUAUGCAACUCCCAAAGGGCAACGUUGAAACCUACAGGUUGAGAACUGCUACUCUAGACUAUAUCUGUGAACAUCUUUAAUUCUAGGCUAUGCUGCCUCUGGUCUUCAUUGGUUCCAAACUGUAUGACCACUAGCCUUCUCUGACAUUCCCUGGUUCUAGACUAUGCUAUCACUGACUUCCCGCUGACUCCAGACUGCAUCACUUCCACCAUGGUCUGCUACAGUUUCUUCAAACCCUUCUAAUGCUAGAUCUCAUAGUCUUCAGCUCUUUCUUGGACUGGCUCUCACAGCCCCCAGUUGUAUCUGUUUUCAAACCUCACAGUGCUUUAAAGUGUGGUUUGAAUUACAUCAUCUGUAAGGCUUUCUGGGUCUAGAGUCUACAACCACCAGAAUCCUCUUACUACAAAACUCAUCCUGUAAUAUCCUCCGCUUCUAGACUUCUUCAAAAUCCCUGCGAUUCCCUGUCUUCUGUUCCCUGUCAUUGCAGACCGUUUUUGUGUCGUGUGUGUGUGGUAUUGAGGAUUAAAUCCAGGACUUUGCACCUGUUAAUCUGCUCACCUCUGCCUCUCAAGUGCUGGGAUUAAAGGUGUGCACCACCACCACCCGGCUCCCUAUUUUAUUUCUUGUUUGCUUUUUGUUUUUUUGUUUUGUUUUGGUUUGUUUUGGUUUUGGGUUUUUUUUUGUUUGUUUGUUUGUUUGUUUUUCGAGACCAGGUUUCUCUGUGUAACAGUCCUAGCUGUCCAGGAACUAGGUCUUGUAGACCAGGCUGGCCUUGAACUCACAGGGAUUCACCUGCCUCUGCAUCCCAAGUGCUGGGAUUAAGGGCGUGAACCACCACUGCCUCAUUUCUUGUUUUGAGACGUGACCUCGUUCAAAAGCUCAGACUAACCUUGAACUCACUCUCUAAACCUAGGUAGGCCUUGAACUCACGUUCCUUCUGCCUAAGCCUCCCAAGUGUCUAGGAAUUUGAGGCCUUUGAGACUGAGUUCAGUUGACCUUAUAAUUACGAUCCCUUCUUGUUUCUGGAGACCACAACUCCAAACUUCUGGUAGGUACCACCAGUCUUUCUCAUCUGUAAGAUAUUUUGUUUCAAAUCCAAAUCUCAUUUCUAGAUCAUUUUGGUUCCAAACCUCAUAAUGCCUUCUUAUUUCUCCCCAAGUUUCUGCACGCAAGAAUUCAAGAACUGCUUUCCCCCAGUAAAGAAGGGUAAAGCGAAUUUUAUGUCUUGAACUUAGAGCUGGCUGUUCGGAGCCAGACACCAUAUGCCCAAUCUCUUGGGUUCUAGAUUUCACUACCUCCACCAUCCCCAGGUUUUAGACUAUGCAAACUCUAGACUUGAAACUUCCAGAAUUCCCUGAUCUCAGAUAACUGAGCUUCAAAUAUCAAGCCAGGGGGUGAUGGUACACACCUUUAAUCUCAGUCCUUGGGAGGUAGAGACAGGCAGACCUCUCUGAGUUGAAUCCAGACUGGUAUACAAAGUGAGUUCCAGGACAGCUAGGGCUACUCAGAGAAGCCCUGUCUUGAAAAACCAAAACAACACAAAGCAACAACAAAAGAAAAACCUGGAUUUUGUUAUUGUUUUGACAGUGUCUCAAAACUCAACAUUAAAUUGCCAAGUGGUCAAGAAUGACCUCAACCACCUCCCAAGUGCAGGGAUUACACUCACGCCUGGUUGUGUGUGGUGCCAGGGAUUGAACCCCGAAUAUCAUGCAUGCUAGGCAAGUACUCUACCAACUGAGCCACACUCAGCCUCUGUAGAUGUCUUCUGAUUCUAGACCUUAUGCCGUGAGUUCCUUUGGUUCUAGAUGCCACAGUUGCCCAGUCCUCCUGACUUCAGAUCGUAUGACUCAAAUUAACCUGAAUCUAGAACACAUCUUGAAAAUAUCAGCUGAUAAUGCCUUGCAUUAUAUAUUUCUCUAGUUCUAAACCUUAGAUACCAACUCUUUUUCAUUCUAGAUUGUAAGAUCCCAAAAAUCUCUGAAUUCUAGAAUUUAGUUUUUGAGUUCUUGGGGGUGGCAGGAUUUCACGUAGCUCAGGAUGGCCUCCAACUCACUACAUAGGCAAGGCUGACCUUGAACUUCUGAUCCUCUAUCCUCCUCAACGUCUCAAAUGCUGGGCUUACAUGUGUGCACCAUCACACUCACCUUAUGUGGUGCCAGGGAUGAAACCCAGCUGUGUAUGCAUGACGAGCAAGCCCUCUACCAGCUGAGACACAUGCCCUCCCCCAGGCCUUUUCUAAUUCUACCAUUACUCAUAAAUCACUGGGCUAGGCCUCUGGCUUCUGAUCCUACUUCUUUGGUUUCUAGAACGCCACCUCCAAAUGGGCUUGUUGUAGAAUGUUUCUUGUAGAAUCUAGAAUUCACUCUGAGGUUUUCUUGGUCCAAGACCUCAUAUCCCUUACUCUUUAGGUCCAAAUCUAAUCUUCUAGCUCUGUUCUGGGCUUCCUGGCCCUCGUUGUACCUGUCCCAGUUCUUCCCUUAAAUCUCAAGUCUUCCCAUUCCAGAUCCGAUGCUCAUGAACUUCAUGCUCAAGGCCCUCCUAUUUCAUAGCCCUAAAAAUUCUCUACCCUAGCAUCUCUUUCACUCCUCACCCCAAGCCUCCAGGUAUGCUCUUAACUUUUCUCCAGGCCUCUAAAGACCUGGGCCUCCCUCCUCUCCUUAGGGGAAUCCAUAAUCCAGCCGCACGGGCACAUGCACAGCCCUAUCUGCUUAUCUUGGGGUGGGGAGAGAGGGCAGGACCCCUCAGCUAUCUCCCACCAGCUAUGCACCCUCCUUACUCGCAGCUCCCUUUCUACAAUGGUGCUACUCUUGGUCUUCCACAGAAAAAGGCUCCCCUCUCUGUCCCAUUCAUGACUCUAUGGAAGGCGACACUCAAUCUGUCUUAUCAAGAGGUGGCCUGUCCAGGUGCUACAGGGGAAAGGGUGUGAACCUUCUCUCCUAUCAUGGGUUUUGUGGGUUCUCAGUGGAAGGAACUGUCCUGGGUAGGAGAGAGGAAGGACACGGCCCAGCCAUGCUGGCUCAAAAACCCAAAAAUGUCUCCAAAACCAGCAUAAAGACCUCGCCUUGGUAGGCACCAGAGAGA